CUACUUUAUCGUACUAGAGACAGAAUAGGCACCACUUUCUAAGAGUCUGAUGGUCUUUGUCGCUUUGAAAAUUUUGCAUGUCUGGUACUGAGCGACGUGCGCCAUUGUCUGCACGUGGUCUGACCUACAGGGUACUCUGUACUCUCUUUAACUUGGGCAUAGUUAAACAUGGGUGCCCUAACUGAAAUUCAAGGCCUUAUCGUAAAGCAAAUCUCGAAAUAUAAUCAGCGACCGACAAAAUGCAACAGAAAGCGCCGCUUGACUACGGAAUACGGAGCACAGAGCACCAAAUGGCCCAAUGGCCGUUCUCUGCAACCUCAGCGCUUAAUCCGGCAUUAUGUGUAGACAGAUGCAUACCACUCUCUAUUUAGGCAGCAUAUCUAUUGGUUGCUAUAUCUCC